AUGCCGAAGAGGAUUGUAUACAAUAUAUCAAGCGACUUCCAAUUGAAGUCGCUACUGGGAGAAGGUGCAUACGGUGUGGUAUGUUCUGCAACGCACAAGCCCACGGGAGAAAUCGUGGCAAUUAAGAAGAUCGAGCCAUUUGACAAGCCGCUCUUCGCAUUACGUACGCUGCGUGAAAUCAAAAUCCUGAAGCAUUUCAAGCACGAAAACAUCAUAACUAUUUUCAAUAUUCAGCGUCCUGACUCGUUCGAGAACUUCAAUGAGGUUUAUAUUAUCCAAGAGCUGAUGCAGACAGAUCUUCACCGCGUGAUUUCUACCCAGGUUCUCAGUGACGAUCAUAUACAGUAUUUUAUAUACCAAACCUUAAGAGCAGUUAAAGUACUGCAUGGCUCAAACGUCAUACAUCGCGAUUUGAAGCCCUCUAACCUUUUGAUAAACUCCAACUGUGAUCUGAAAGUGUGUGAUUUUGGUUUGGCCAGGAUCAUCGACGAGACAGGCGCGGACCAUUCGGAGGCUACAGGUCAGCAGAACGGUAUGACGGAGUAUGUCGCCACACGUUGGUACAGGGCUCCCGAGGUGAUGCUGACCUCUGCUAAGUACUCCAGAGCCAUGGACGUGUGGUCCUGCGGAUGCAUUCUCGCAGAACUUUUUUUGAGACGGCCCAUCUUUCCCGGCAGAGACUAUCGUCAUCAAUUACUGCUGAUAUUCGGUAUCAUCGGAACCCCCCAGUCAGAUGAUGAUUUACGGUGUAUAGAGUCACCCCGAGCUAGAGAAUACAUAAAGUCGUUACCUAUGUAUCCGGCGGCACCACUUGAGAAAAUGUUCUCACGGGUCAACCCGCAGGGAAUAGAUCUUUUACAGCGGAUGCUGGUCUUUGACCCUGCGAAGAGAAUUACUGCAAAGGAGGCGCUAGAGCAUCCGUAUUUGCAAACAUACCACGAUCCGAAUGACGAACCUGAAGGCGAACCUAUUCCACCCAGUUUUUUCGAAUUCGAUCAUUACAAGGAAGCGCUAACAACGAAAGACCUCAAGAAACUUAUUUGGAACGAGAUAUUUAGUUAG